AAAUGGCCAAAUAAUUGUUGUCCAUAAAUCAACUAGCAAUGACAUGGGCGUUAUUGUUGGAAGUCGUUCUAUUGUGCAAUGAUCACUUUCAUCGAGGACAUUCCAGAUGAAACCUUACGUCGCAGCAGAAUCUCUAUACUUCAUUGAAUUUUUCGUCGCGAAUACUCACUUUUAGCGACGCCACAUUCGUUGCGAAGUGCAUUUUUUGCGAUAUUAAGCAUCAUGGAAUACUCACUUUUAGCGACGCCACAUUCGUUGCAAAGUUCAUUUUUUGGAUAUUAAGCAUCAUGGAUGACUCGUCUGUUUACAACCAAUGAUAGUUUUGGCGACGACAUGUUAUUCUACAUUACAAAACACUAGGGUAACGUGUAAUAUGCGAAAAGCGUAGCCUCUUGGUGACGAAUACAAUUGUUCGCACAAAAGCCCAAUAUUAGGCCCAAAUAAUUGAGAGUCCAGACUUAAAAGAUGCGGCCCAUAAAGGAAAAUCACGAAAGAUGAGUUCAAUCAGCCGAAAGGGAAAAACGGCCAGAAGCCCAAAAAUGUGGCGCCAACGACGUUUGACUGUUUGAGUUGGGCGCAAAUUUGGAGGCGGGAGAUCAAUUCCCUACGGACACAUUUUGCCGCGAAGAAAACCCCUUCUUCCCUUUCCAUAUCUGUACCUAUUUUUCCCCUAAUUCUCAACUUCAAAUCACUCUUCUCAGUUCUCACCUGCAGUAACAAAUUGUCCUCUCAAUCGCCGAUUUCGAAUCAGUCGGAAAAAUCUUCAAUCCUGAAAAACAAUGCCUUCUCUCGCCGUUUCCCGAUCCGCAGAAGAAUCGCUUACUCCUCAGAAGCGGAGACUGAGAUCCAACUCCACGGCGGCGCCGGAAACCCCGAUAUCUGCUCCGACGAAGCGGAAGUCGCCCCGCCGAUGUCUCGACUCCUCUCCCUCUUCUCAUCCCACCGUCUCAACAAGGAACGAUUCAAUUGGACAGAUUUCGAACUCAUCGAAAUCGCUUGCUGAGGAAUUGAGCGACGAUUUCUCUGCGAAACUGAACUGGAAUCCUAGUGAUGCAUCGCAAGUGAGCGCGGUGAAGGAGGUGCUGCACGUAUCGACAGCUCCCCCAACAAUCGUUUGCCGCGAAGAAGAGCAGAGAAGAGUGUUUGAUUUCUGCAAGGCUUGUGUUCAGAAGGAACAAUCUGGGAGCUUGUAUAUGUGCGGAUGCCCUGGGACAGGGAAGAGUUUGUCAAUGGAGAAAGUUUCGAAUUGGCUGAUUGAAUGGGCCAGAGAUGGUGGGUUUGAGGCUCCAGAAGUACUUUCGAUUAAUUGUACCGCGCUUACGAGCUCUUCUCAGAUUUUCGGCAAGAUAGUUGAUAAUGGCUAUGUGAAAGUGAAGACCAGUGGAACCACUGUCCCUUUGCAACAUCUCCAGAACUUGUAUUCUCAAAAGCAGCAAUCUUCAAGUUCAAAGAUGCUCCUCAUAAUUGCUGAUGAGUUGGAUUACCUAAUUACCAAAGACCGAGCUGUCCUUCAUGAUCUUUUCAUGCUGACAACUCUACCUUUCUCUAGAUGUAUACUGAUAGGAAUAGCAAAUGCCAUAGACCUUGCUGACCGUUUUCUUCCGAAACUGCAGUCAUUGAAUUGUAAGCCCUUGGUGGUAACUUAUCGAGCCUAUUCGAAAGAUCAAAUACUCCAAAUCCUUCAGGAGAGACUCAAGGCACUACCUCAUAUAGUUUUCCACCCACAAGCUUUGGAGCUAUGUGCCAGAAAAGUUGCAGCUGCAUCUGGUGACAUGCGCAAAGCACUUUCUGUUUGCAGAUCUGCAGUUGAGGUUCUGGAAGCAGAAGUAAGAGACUCUACGAAUAACAUGGACUCAGAUACUCAAGGAAAUUCAGUUGUGAAAAUUGAUCACAUGGCAGCUGCUCUAUCAAAGGCAUUCAGGACACCAGUAAUCGACACCAUUCAAUCCCUUCCUCAGCAUCAACAAAUAAUCCUAUGCUCAGCUGUUAAGUUCUUCCGUGGAGGAAAGAAGGAUACUGUAGUAGGAGAGCUGAACAAAUCUUAUGUCGAGACGUGCAAAUCAAGAAUGAUCCCACCAGUUGGAAUUUCCGAGUUUCUGAGUAUGUGCAGAGUGCUGAAUGACCAGGGACUAGUGAAACUAGGACAGUCUCGUGGUGACGAUAAACUAAAGAGGGUAACCUUAACCGUUGAUGAAGCUGACAUCAACUUCGCAUUGCAGGGAGUUCGUUUCUUUAGGAACUGUCUGCAAUAGAAGUGCCAAUUCUACAACUUUGACAGAUCGAAGAGCCAAAAUCGCCAAUGGAGUUCCAAGUAGAGAAAGGGAAAAGGGAAAUGAAACAAAGACCAAACA